AUUUUGAAAGCGUUGGCACGGAAGCGCUGAGGGGUACUGAGCUGCCUCAGUGCUUAUAUAAGUCCGGGUCACGGUCUUUAGUUACGCACUUGAAAGAUGUCUGCGGGAAAGCAAGGAGACGCUCUGUGCUUCUUUAUCAACGGGAAAAGGGUGACAGAGAACCAUGCCGACCCGGAGACGAUGCUGUUGCCCUUCCUCAGGGAGAAGGUGAAAUUAACUGGAACCAAGUACGGCUGCGGUGGAGGAGGCUGCGGAGCGUGCACAGUUAUGGUGUCGCGCUACCAACCUGCAACGAAAACCAUCAUCCAUUACUCGGCCAACGCCUGCCUCCUGCCGCUCUGUCAGCUCCACGGAGCCGCGGUCACCACAGUGGAGGGCAUCGGCAGCACCAAGACCAGGAUCCACCCGGUGCAGGAGCGAAUAGCCAAGGCUCACGGUUCCCAGUGUGGCUUCUGCACUCCGGGGAUGGUGAUGUCCACGUACGCUCUGCUGAGGAACAAACCGCAGCCCACCAUGGACGACAUCACUGAGGCUCUGGCUGGUAAUCUGUGUCGGUGUACCGGAUAUCGACCCAUUGUGGAAGGCUGCAGGACCUUCUGUCAGGAAGCCAACUGCUGCCAAGCCAAUGGUGCUGCAAACUGCUGCCUCAAUGGAGAGAAAAAUGGCGAUGAACCUGAGCAGGAAAAGCCUCAGCUCUUUGACAAACUGGAUCUUCUGCCAUUGGAUCCAACACAGGAGCUGAUCUUCCCUCCAGAGCUGAUUCUGAUGGCAGAUACGAGCCCGCAAACACUCACCUUUCAUGGGGAGAGGGUCUCCUGGGUGUCUCCGGUUUCUCUGGAGGAGCUGAUCCAGCUCAAGGCCAAACACCCCAAAGCUCCGCUUGUCAUGGGCAACACCAACAUAGGUCCAGACAUGAAGUUCAAAGGCAUCCUACAUCCGCUGAUCAUCUCUCCAACCAGAGUGAAGGAGCUGUUCGAGGUCUCUCAGACGCCACAGGGCGUUUGGGUGGGAGCCGGCUGCAGUUUGUCUGAGCUUCACUCUGUCUUGAAGAAGCUGGUUCCUCAGUUCCCGGAGGAGAAGACGGAGGUGUUCAGAGCACUGAACCGGCAGCUAGGGAACCUGGGAAGUGUGCAGAUCCGAAACGUCGCUUCUCUGGGAGGAAACAUUGUGAGUGCGUACCCCAACUCGGACCUGAACCCCAUUUUGGCUGUCGGCAACUGCAAAGUUAGCGUGAUUUCCAGCGGAGGAAGACGAGAGGUUCCCCUGAAUCAGGACUUCUUCGUGGGAUUUGGGAAAGUAAUCCUGCAGCCGGAGGAGAUUGUCGUCUCCGUUUUCAUCCCCUUUUCCAGAAAGGGGGAGUUUGUUCAGGCUUUACGCCACGCACCGAGGAAGGAGGCCUCCUUCGCCACUGUGACAGCCGGGAUGAGGGUGAUGUUCUCAGAGAGCUCCAGAGUGGUUCAGGAUAUCAGUAUUUACUAUGGAGGGAUGGGCCCGACCACAGUCAGUGCAGCCAAAACCUGCCAGGCCAUCAUCAGGAGGCCGUGGGAUGACGAGACCCUCGGCCAAGCCUACGACAUCCUUCUGGAAGAGCUGGCCCUCCCUCCUUCAGCUCCUGGAGGGAAGGUGGAAUUUCGUAGGUCUCUGACUCUCAGUCUGCUCUUCAAAUUCUACCUGGAGGUCCUGCACAAGCUCAAAGCAAUGAAUGUGAUCACAGAUGAGGUUCCUGAGAAGAUACAACCUUUACCCAGAGAGAUCCAACCUGGCCUGCAGGAGUUCCAGCCGGUCUCAAAGGACCAGGGCAACCACGAUGCCGUGGGGCGUCCCAUGAUGCAUCGGUCCGCCAUCAGCCAGGCCACAGGCGAGGCCGUGUACUGCGAUGACCUCCCAAAGAUAGAGGGCGAGCUCUUUCUCGUGGUGGUCACCAGCUCCCGAGCACACGCUAAGAUCACAGGGCUGGAUGUGAGCGAAGCCCUACAGCUUCCCGGCGUCGUCGACGUCAUCACAACCAAAGACAUUCCCGGGAAGAAAGUCCGCACAUUUUGCGGCUAUGACGAGGAGCUGCUUGCCGAGAGCGAGGUGUCGUGCAUCGGUCAGAUGAUAUGUGCAGUGGUCGCCGACACGAAGGCGCACGCCAAACGAGGAGCAGCAGCUGUAAAGAUCAGCUACGAAGACCUGCCCGACCCCAUUUUCACCAUCGAGGAAGCCGUCGAGAAGUCGUCUUACUUCGAACCACGACGGUUGCUUCAGAGGGGAGACGUGACUGAAGCCUUUAAAACUGUCGACAAGGUUUAUGAAGGGGAGAUUCGAAUUGGAGGCCAGGAGCAUUUCUACAUGGAGACGCAGAGCAUGCUGGUGGUUCCCGUCGGCGAGGAGAUGGAGUUCAACGUUUACAUCUCCACUCAGUGGCCGACUUUGAUUCAGGAUGCUGUUGCCGAGACGUUGAACAUCUCAUCCAACAGAGUCACCUGUCAUGUCAAAAGAGUGGGCGGAGCCUUUGGAGGGAAGGUCACCAGAACCUCCGUUUUGGCUUCUAUCACCUCGGUGGCUGCUUGGAAGACCAAUCGUGCCGUCCGCUGUGUCCUGGAGCGAGGCGAGGACAUGGUCAUUACAGGAGGCCGACAUCCCACCCUGGGAAAAUAUAAGGUGGGUUUCAUGAAUGAUGGGAAGAUCGUGGCUGCAGAUAUCCAGUUCUUUGCCAACAGUGGCAACACUGUGGAUGAGUCUCCAUUGGUUGCUGAGAAGAUGGUCCUCCACAUGGACAACGCGUACAACAUCCCCAACCUGCGAGGUCGCGGCGCCGCAUGCAAGACCAACCUGCCAUCAAACACAGCCUUCAGGGGCUUCGGGGUGCCCCAGAGCCUGCUGAUCGUGGAGAACAUGAUCAACGACGUUGCCAUGGUGUUGGGAUGCCCCGCCGACAAGAUUCAGGAGGUGAACAUGUACAGGGGCCCUUCGACCACCCACUACAAGUUUGAGUUCAACCCCGAGAACUUGCUGCGCUGCUGGGAAGAGGGCAAGCGCCGGUCUGACUACAGCGCCCGCCGCGCCGCCAUCGAGCAGUUUAACCAGCAGAACCGCUGGAAGAAGAGGGGGAUUUCAAUCAUCCCCAUCAAAUACGGCAUCGCCUUUUCUGAUGGCUUCCUUAAUCAGGCUGCAGCUUUGGUCCACAUCUACAAAGACGGUUCAGUUCUGGUGAGUCACGGUGGGACGGAGAUAGGUCAGGGAGUCCACACGAAAAUGCAGCAGGUUGCAAGCCGGGAGCUUCACAUCCCGCCCUCAAAGAUCUACAUCAGUGAAACCAGCACCAACACCGUUCCCAACACCUGCCCGUCUGCCGCAUCUUUUGGUACCGAUGCUAACGGCAUGGCGGUCAAAGAUGCCUGCCAGAUUUUGUACCAGCGACUGGAGCCAAUCAGAAAGAAGAACCCCAAAGGAACCUGGGAGAGCUGGGCCAAAGAAGCAUUUAUGGAGAAGAUCAGUUUGUCAGCGACUGGAUUCUACAAAGGUCCUGACCUUUACCUCGACUGGGACAAGAUGGAGGGCCAACCUUAUGCUUACUACACCUACGGAGUGAGCUGCUCCGAGGUGGAGCUGGACUGCCUCACGGGAGACUACAGGACGUUGAGGACUGACAUCGUGAUGGACAUCGGCAAAAGUGUGAAUCCAUCUGUGGAUGUGGGCCAGAUUGAGGGAGCAUUCACACAGGGUUUGGGUCUCUACACUCUGGAGGAGCUGAAGUUUUCUCCCUUUGGGCUGCUGUACACUCGAGGACCUUCUCAGUACAAGAUCCCGGCGGUCUGCGACAUGCCGCUCCAGCUUAACAUCUAUCUGCUGCCUGACUCUGAGAACCCCUACGCCAUCUACUCUUCAAAGGGUAUUGGAGAACCCGCCCUCUUCUUGGGCAGUUCGGUGUUCUUCGCCAUCAAAGACGCCGUGGCUGCGGCUCGCUCCGAUUCCGGUUUGAAGGGGCCCUUUUCUCUAAACUCCCCUGCAACACCGGAGAGGGCCUGCUUGGCCUCUGCCUCCCCAUUCACUCAGAAGGUUCCAGCCAGCAAACCAGGAUCUUUCAAGCCGUGGGCCUUGGACAUCUGAGAGUGAAUCAAACUAAAGAUUUUAAACUAAUCAUUUUUAACUAAUAUCACGUGAAAUUCACAUAGGCUACGUUCACACUGCAGGCGAAAGUGCAUCAAAUCCGACUUUUCUGACCCUAUGCGACCCGUAUCCGAUCAUGGCAUGACAGUGUGAACGGCACAAA